AUGGUUCAAUCCGCGAUUCUGGGUUUCCCUCGUAUGGGAGUCAACCGUGACUUGAAGAAGGCUACCGAAGCUUACUGGGGAGGCAAGAUCACUCAGGUCGACCUGCUCGCUGAGGCCAAGCGCCUCCGUCUUGCGCACUGGAAGAUCCAGAAAGAUGCCGGUGUCGACAUCAUUCCCAGCAAUGACUUUGCCUUGUACGACCAGGUGCUCAGCCACAUCCAGGACUUCGGUGCUGUUCCAGAGCGGUACACCAGCGCUAAGCUAAACCCCAUUGAUGAGUACUUUGCGUUGGGUCGUGGCCAUCAGAAGGGUGGUGUCGAUCUUCCAUCCCUGGAGAUGGUAAAGUGGUUCGACUCAAACUACCAUUACGUCAAGCCCACCCUGCAGGACAACCAGGACUUCACCCUAGUGGCUAAGCCAAAGGCCGUGGUCGAGUUCCUCGAGGCGAAGGAGGCUGGAAUUGUCACCCGCCCUGUCCUCGUUGGUCCGGUCACCUUCCUGCACCUCGCUAAGGCUGACCGAGGCCAGUCGGUUGACCCCAUCGACCUGCUGUCCAAGCUGCUGCCGGUCUACGAUGCUCUCCUGGCGCAGCUUAAAGAGGCUGGCGCCAAGACUGUUCAGAUCGACGAGCCCGUCCUCGUUUUCGACCUGCCAGCAAAGACAAAGGCUGCUUUCAAGACUGCGUAUGACCACUUUGCGGCUGAGGCUGCCAGAAUUCCCGAGCUCGUCUUCUCCACCUACUUCGGCGAUGUUGUGCACAACUUGGAGGCUCUGCCAAAGGACAUUUACGCCGUGCAUGUUGACCUGGUACGCAACCCUGAACAGCUGGACACUGUUAUUGGUGCUCUUGGUCCCAAGACCGUGCUAUCUGUUGGUGUUGUCGACGGCCGCAACAUCUGGAAGACGAACUUGAAGCGCGCUAUUGAAAAAGUCGAAGCUGCCAUCCAGAAGCUUGGCAAGGACCGCGUCAUCGUUGCCACAUCCAGCUCACUCCUUCACACGCCGCACACGCUAGCAAGCGAGAAGAAGCUGGACGCUGAGAUCGCCGACUGGUUUUCGUUUGCCAGUGAGAAGGCUGUCGAGGUGGCUCUCAUUGCCAAGGCAGUGACGGACGGCCCUGACUCGGUUCGCGCAGAACUGGAGGCCAAUGCCAAGUCGUGGCAGGCACGUGCUACAUCCAGCCGCACUAACAACCCGAAGGUGAAGGAGCGCCAGUCGCAAAUCAAGCCAGAGGACUACAACCGCAAGUCGGAGUUCCCGGAGCGCAUUGCGCAGCAGCAGAAGAAGCUGAACCUGCCGCUGUUCCCCACUACGACCAUUGGCUCGUUUCCCCAGACCAAGGAGAUUCGGCUGCAGCGCAAUAAGCUCACCAAGGGCGAGAUCACAGAGGCCGAGUACGACCGCUUCAUUGAACGUGAGAUUGACGAGAACGUUCGCAUUCAGGAUGAGCUUGAGCUGGAUGUGUAUGUCCACGGCGAGCCAGAGCGUAACGACAUGGUGCAAUACUUUGGUGAGCGCUUGGACGGUUAUGCCUUCACCACACACGCCUGGGUGCAGAGCUACGGCUCUCGCUGUGUGCGCCCACCCAUCAUUGUGGGUGACAUCUCUCGGCCAGCGCCCAUGACGGUAAAGGAGAGCAAGUACGCCGCAUCGGUAUCCAAGAAGCCGAUGAAGGGCAUGUUGACGGGCCCAGUGACGUGCCUGCGGUGGUCGUUCCCUCGUGACGACGUGCACCAGUCAGUGCAGGCAGAGCAGCUAGCUCUAGCGCUGCGUGACGAGGUAGUGGACCUGGAGAAGGCCGGCAUUGAUGUCAUCCAGGUGGACGAGCCGGCGCUGCGCGAGGGUCUUCCUCUACGGGCUGGCAAGGAACGUGUGGCCUACCUGGACUGGGCGGUCAAGGCGUUCCGCCUGUCGACGACGGGCGUGGAGGACUCGACGCAGAUCCACUCGCACUUCUGCUACUCUGAGUUCCAGGAUUUUUUCCACGCAAUUUCUGCGCUGGAUGCUGACGUGCUGUCGAUUGAGAACAGCAAAUCGGACGCAAAGCUUCUUAAGGUGUUUGUGGACUCUGCGUAUCCGCGCCACAUUGGCCCCGGUGUGUACGAUAUCCACUCGCCGCGUGUGCCGAGUGAGCAGGAGAUUUGCGACCGCAUUGAGGAGAUGUUGCAGUUCCUGAAGCCGGAGCAGCUGUGGAUCGAUCCUGACUGCGGUCUCAAGACGCGGCAGUGGACUGAGACAAAGGCGGCACUGGUGAACAUGGUCAACGCCGCCAAGUUCUACCGGACCAAGUACUCGAAACAGUAA